AUGUCUGCUGGAAAAGCGGUGAAUUCUGCUUUCCGGUGUGGAGGGACGCCUUGCGCCGGACUGCUUGUCGAGACGAAGAGGUGUUGGAAGAACUGCACGCAGCCGGUCGACUGCCUCAUGGGUGACUGGGGCCUUUGGGAGCCUUCGGAGUGUCUGGCCUCCUCUGACCAGAGACAAAGGGAGCGUGCGGUCGUCAGAGCAGCCAUGAACGGAGGGGAACCAUGUACGGGCAUGAUUCGCGAGACGAUGGGGUGCUCGCAGGUGGGAGAUGCGGUGGCUGACUGUGAGCUCUCGGCUUACGGCGAAUGGUCUGUUUGCACCACAUCUUGUGGAAGUGGACUUCGCACCAGGUCCCGGAGCAUCCAGGUCCAGGCCAGUGGAGGUGGCCAGCCUUGCCAGGGCCCACUUGCACUGCUGGAGCCCUGCAACCCGGGCCCCUGCCCUUGCGAAGUGACGGAUGCAGCCUUUUCUCAAUGGGAAGAGUGGAGCAGUUGCAAUGGCGGCAUGCACAUCAGGAAGCGGAAGGUGCAGCAGCCAGCUUUCUGUGGUGGAGAUCCUGCUCUAGGUUCGUUGACUGAGAUUCGAAACUGCGGUGGCACGAUCGAUUGCGAGGUGUCUCCCUGGGCUUCCUGGGACGAGUGUGACAAGAGUUGCGGAGGUGGCCAGCAGGAGCGCAACCGCCAGGUGACCCAGAACCCUCAAAAUGGUGGAAAGCCGUGCCUCAAAGACCUGGUCGAGACGCAGGGCUGCAACGAAAUUCCCUGUCAAACUACAAGCUGCGAAGUUUCAGACUGGUCCGCCUGGGGCGAGUGCAGCAACAGUUGCGGCAGCGGCGUCCACGAACGGAGCCGAACUUUCACCCAUUUGGCACAGGAGGGCGGCUCUGGCUGCGACAUGCCGAUGGCAGAAAUAAAGCCCUGCAGCGACCAGUUUGGAACCCUCGAGGCACGUCGUUUGGAACUGUGUCCAAUGUCCGACUGCGGCUGUGUCUGGCGUGACUGGUCGGAGUGGAGUGCUUGCACGUGCGAGUGCGGCGGAGGUCAGAAGACCCGAAACCGGCACAUUGCGCGCGCUCCGCAGCCUGGCUGCACGCCGUGCGAACCGUUCGACAAACAGCAGAUCGAGCCAUGCAACACCCAGAAAUGCGAGGAAGACGAGUGUGUGGAUGCCCUAUGGUCCCCCUGGCAGGACUGGGAGCCAUGCUCCAUCUCCUGCAGAGGUGGGAUCACGUGGCGCUCGCGUAAGAUCGUCCGAAACGCCAACGACUGCGGCCGGCCCGUGGCCGGUGCCUCUCAGCAGCAUGCCAGCUGCAACGAAGGUGUGCCCUGCAAGCCCAGUGUGGACUGUGAGUUUGCUGAAUGGUUGGCUUGGAGUGCCUGCACGCAGGAGUGUGAUGGUGUCAAGCGGAGGUCUCGCCAGAUCGCUGUACAAGGAGCAGGAGAUGGAGCAUACUGCCUGGGCCCGACGCACCAGACUUAUCCCUGCUCCACAGACAAGGGGCUUCUGGAGUUCAAUAGCCCUGCUCUGUACUUGCAUCUGGACAACCUUGAGUCCAAGAACGUCCAGCCGGGCCAGGCAGAGCUGAAAUUCACGGGCGUCACCAAGAUGCCAGGAGAUGACGGAGACUCUGUGAAUAUGGUCGUCACAGCACUGAGCCGGUCCGCGCAGUUGAGUGAUGAAUCGACGGGCUUGUAUGGGCACGCUGGCCGCAUUGGUUUUGAAGCAGGCUCCGAAAUUGAGGUGACUUUCAUCUUGAUGAGGCAGCAAGACCAGCGAGAGGUCCAAGCCAAGAUGCUGCUGAUCAAAUUCUUCGACGUCGCAGAUGGCGCCAUAUUGGAGGCUCCGGAAGGCAACGAAGCCUUCUUGAGCCACGAAUCUGUGCUGUCAUCGGACACAACUGCGGAUGGCACGCUGGUGGUCACAUCCCAGAUGCCUGGAGUGAAGCCACCAAAGGACCCGAUGAGUGCAAGCCCUCAACAAGAGAUGCAUGCAGCCGCAAUUCUGUGGAAGGGCACCAGCCGUGCCAGUGUCAAAUUCAAGACACAACCCGGCUUCAGCAAGAGUCUCGUCUUUGCAGCCAAAGCUUGCUGGAGGGGCGAUUGCUUGGUAAGCGCUUGCGGACGUGGCGAGGAUGCUGUCGAUUGCGUCAUGGAACCUUGGCAGUCAUGGGCACCUUGCUCGGUCAGCUGUGGCCGCGGGCAGCGAGUGCGGACGCGGAAAGUGAGGACCAUGAAUUCGCACGGCGGACGCCCUUGUCAUGUUGACUUGUCUGCAACAGAAGGCUGCGAGUUGAACUCCUGCGCGGAGGCGUGCCAGCCGCAAGACUGCAAAUGGUCGGAGUGGUCUGAUUGGGGCGCUUGCGACAAGUGUGGAGGGCAGAUGAAGCGAUUCCGGAAUGUCAUCAGACCGUCCCAGUGUGGUGGCAGUGGCUGCUCGGCAGAGGGGGCAGAGGAAACGGCUAGCUGCCCGAGGAAGUGUCACGAGCUGAGCUAUUGUACUUGGGGCGACUGGAGGCCCUACGGCGAGUGCACCGCGACCUGUGGUAACGGCAUCAAAAAGCGCACCCGAAUGCUGAAGAUCGUAAAUGAGCCGGUGAAGUCAAUCAUCGGCGAGAACAUCCUGGGUGCGGACGACCUUGAACGCAAGCUGGUGGAACUCACCGAGCGCGCAGGACAGCUACAGGCGUCACGUUCGCGACAGCUGGCUGCAUGCUUUACAGCUGGUUUCUUGGGGCUUCUCGCUUGCGUUUCCUUCGGCCGCCGCAGCACCUUCUUCGCUGGGCACGACGGGCCCCGCUACCAUCUGGCAGCCGAGACUGAGUCUGAUUGA